AUGGACGCUUAUAGUGGCGGGCUGGAUACCGAAGUCGAUGUCGAGGUUCACCCCACGGCCAAGAAACUUUUAUCAACAUGUAGAAAAUUCUUCAGCGAAAUUGACAACCUCACACCCGGUAAAGCACUCGAAGCAAAGCUCAACACCGAAUACGGACCCGGAAGCCUCUACUACGAAGAAAUGUGCUCCUGCAUCCGGCAAGGUCUCUCCGAAGGUUGGGUCGCCAACAUCGAAGUCGACGGGCCCAAGUAUCGCCGCAGCAAGAUCUGUCUCCCUUCUCCGGAAAAUCGAUAUUUCAGCAUCACGACUGUGUAUAUGGAUAGUGAGGAGGAGUAUUCGGGACAGUAUCACGUGCAUCCGUAUGGAGAGAUCAACUGCGUUGUGCAGCUUGAUAAGACGGCUGAGUUGAAAGGCAUGUCGGGUUGGCAGGGGGCAGGAUGGACGAGUCCUGGUCCGGGAACACAUCAUUAUCCGCAGGUUCGCGGAGGAGCCCUCGUCGCCAUGUUCUUUUUGCCUGCUGGUCGAAUUGCCUACAACAUGAAGCCAGGAAUGCCACAGCCGGCAUCCGUUUGAGAUCGUGGGGCAUUGGAAAAGCCACUGAUCAAAUUCGCCACAUCAAUCAAAAACAGCUCCUUGCAUAGUGAAUGAAUCGGUUUUUUCAAGUAACCCUGAUCUGCGAUAGACUUCUUCAGAAGAAGCCGAAUCCGCCUGUCGGUUCC